AGCUCUGCGCAACUCAAAGCAUGAUAUGAAACGACGAGAACCAGUGAAGGGACUUUCCUUGCGAACACUACGGCAGAAAUGUUAAUAUUGCGUUGUUUGUCGGACAAAUAAGAGUUAAUAUCACAGAUUUACACAGAUAACUGCAGAUUGAUAACAUAUAGAGUACAGAGAGAGGAGGAAAUAUCAGAAAAAUCAAAAUGGAUAGGCCAGCUUUGCAAGGGGCAAAACAUGUACUUGUAUCUGGAGCAGAUUUAGAAAAUCUUCCCAGUUUUGGAAUGAGUGCUUACAUGAACCUUGCAAGUGGGGCGGAGACAGCAGCUAUGCUUGAAAACAUAAAGGAUGGAAAAUAUCCUACCCCAAAACAGGGCAAUGGUAAUCAGUUAAAGCCACCAUGCUCGGGUCCAAGCAGAAUGGCCCCUCCUUCUACUUCCAGUAGGCAUGGGCAAGAAGUUCAAGUGAUUAUACAGGAUGAUAAAGAAUAUGAGCAGCAGGAUCCAGAUGAAUAUGGGUUCAAAUUCGCAGCUGCAACAGCACCAAUAAGUUCAACAGUCGAUGCAUCUCAGAUCAUGGAAACAGAGGUGAACAGCCCACAGAGCUUGGUGUGAAGCAGCAAGACCAAACUGAGGGUA